AAUGGCGAGAAUGGCACGCUCUCUGUCCAACUUGUCAAUUCGACUAAUUCCGACCACCCCCUCUUGCCGGUCUACAACGCAGCAGCCGAUGGCCCGCCCAGUGUCGGGGUCCAGGGAAUCCUGCGCUUCAACUCGUCUGCAACACUAACAGUCCCUAUUUUGGGGAGUAUCCGGACUAUUCGCGAUUUUACCGAAGGACCAUCUCUCCUCUACCCUGAGAUUCAAGACGCAGUGGCUUUCUCAGAGGGCUCCGGCAGCGUGGGACUUCGUCGGACCUGGCUAGAUAAUACCACCAUGACAAGCCUCUCCUUCCGUCCGGCGGACAACACCACCACGAACAGCGUCAAGCUGGACAAUCGCACCGUCACCUUCGAAAAAGGAGAAUACCUCUUCUCCGCAACGAUGAACUACCCCCAGCUCUCACCACUGAAACCAGAAGCCGUCCUCAACAAUGCAUCGGGGAAUCUGACCUCGUUCAUGUCAGACCAAACGGCGGCUCUCUCGUUCUUGUCGUAUUCGGAGAAAGUCCUUGCUGGGGCGUGGCGGUUUUUGACGUAUUUUGGUCGCGACUCGAUGAUAGCGACGCUGCUUUUGGAGCCCGUUUUGAAUUCGGGGAAUGGGAGUGCGAUUGAGGCGGUUAUUGGGGCUGUUUUGGAGAGAGUCAAUCGGACUGAUGGGAGUGUUUGUCAUGAGGAGACUAUUGGGGAUUAUGCUACUUGGACGAACUUGCAGGAAAAUAUCACAAGCAAUGCUAUGGGGUGUGAUUACCAUAUGAUUGAUACGGAUUACUUCCUACCCGUUUUGAUGCAGCGGUACUUUAUCGAGAACCCAGUGGGCCAAAAGAGAGCUACUGCAUUCUUCAAUACCACUGCAGGCUCCAUCAACCCAGCAAACAAAAACCUAACAUGGGGAGACCUAGCCCUCAUCAGCGCAGAACGAGUCCUACGUCUAACCACUCCAUUCACCCACAACCAGACCAAAGACAACCUCAUUCAUCUCAAGGAAGGCCAGGUAACCGGCCAGUGGAGAGACAGCACAUACGGCCUGGGCGGCGGCCGCAUCCCCUACGACGUAAACACAGCCCUGGUCCCGGCAGCCCUACGAUCAAUAGCAUCCCUCAGCAAAACCGGCACCCUUCCCAAAACCUGGCGCAAUAGCACAACACGAGCCGCACAAAUUUGGGAAGACAAAACACUCCCCUUCUUCAGCAUAACCCUCCCCAAAUCACAAGCCCAAUCCCUCGUCACAUCCUACGCGCGCCAAAACUUCCCAGGGCCCGACCAGUCCUCCUCAAUCGACACCGACGUCACCUUCCAUGCCGUCGCUCUAGACGGAAAUAACAACCUCUCCAAGGUGGCGGUUAUGAACACGGAUGACUGUUUCCGCCACUUCUUGCUAAACACCACGAACGACGCCCAGCUUACGCCGUUCAUUAAUUCCUCUGCGACUAAUAUCCGUCGUACUUUCCCAGCGGGACUUAUGACUGGUGCCGGGAUGGUGGUUGCUAAUCCGGCUUUUGGCGAGGACGAUGUUUAUGCACGGAAUUUUACGACGGGUGCGUAUCAUGGGACGGUUGUUUGGUCGUGGCAGCUUGCGAUGAUGGCAAAAGGACUGGAGAAUCAGCUGGGGCGAUGCGAGGUUACGGCUAAUUUCUCGUUGGCUACUGCCUCGGAGGGUCUUAAGAGGGGUUUUGGGUCGGGGGAUGUGGUACCGCGCACACCGGAAUUUUGCACGGAUGAGUUUGUGUAUAAGAAUGUUCGGGCGGCGUAUAAUGCGCUCUGGGACUCGAUUGAAAAGAACCAGGACCAGCUCUCCGGUGAGGUUUGGUCGUGGAUUUACCGUGAUGAUGAGUUCCAGGUUACGCCUUUAGGUGUGUUACCUGCGCCGCCUGGUGUUGGGGGUCAGACUGGUGAGUUCUCUUCUAAAGGGGGUGCUUGCGGGAGUAGUGUUGGGUCUAACUUUUCUUUAGAGUCGAAUAUCCGGCAGUUGUGGUCUCUUACUUUUCUCGCUGUUAGCAGGAAUGAGAACUUUAAAUAG